AUGGGUAAACCCCGUAUGAUAAUACUGAUCCGCCAUGCGCAAUCGGAAGGCAAUAAAAAUCGCGACAUCCACCAAACGAUCCCCGACCACAGAGUGAAGCUAACAUCCGAUGGCUGGACACAAGCCCACGACGCAGGUCGACGUCUGCGAACCCUCCUACGCGCAGACGACACUCUGCAUUUCUUCACGUCGCCCUACCGGCGAACGCGGGAGACCACGGAAGGCAUCCUGUCCACGCUCACAUCCGACGAGCCCUCCCCGAGUCCAUUUCCCAGGCAUUCUAUAAAGGUUUAUGAGGAGCCGCGACUGCGAGAGCAGGACUUUGGAAACUUUCAGCCAUGUUCGGCGGAGAUGGAGAGAAUGUGGCAGGAGAGAGCGGAUUAUGGGCAUUUCUUCUACAGAAUCCCGAAUGGCGAGAGCGCUGCGGACGCAUAUGAUCGUGUUAGUGGGUUUAAUGAGAGUCUUUGGAGACAGUUUGGAGAGGAUGACUUUGCUUCGGUUUGCAUCUUGGUCACCCACGGUCUCAUGAGCAGGGUCUUCCUCAUGAAGUGGUAUCACUUCAGCGUUGAAUACUUUGAAGAUUUACGGAACGUCAACCACUGUGAAUUCCUCAUCAUGCGCAAAAAGGAGGAUUCUGGGAAGUACAUUCUGGAGAAUAACCUGCGAACAUGGUCUGAACUCAAGCGCGAGCGUCUCGCCGCUGCUGCUGCAAAAGAGAAAGCCUCCCCCUCAAGGACAGGGACAGCCAGCACGCCCGUAUCAGAGAAGGAUAAGGAGAAAGAGAAGAAACUUCUUGCGGCAAGUACUGAUGGAGCGUCAGCAGUAGCGACCUCUCUAACCACCGUUCCAGUGAGGAAGAAAUGGGGAGGUUGCCCAAAUGGCUGCGACCAUGGAAAGCACUACUACAAGAAGGAGAAUAGCAUGCAUGCUAUGCAACUCAACGGACGCCCUUCACCAGCCAACUCUCCUCAUGCUCCCUCGAACGAUACCCUUCAGUUCCGUCGCCCGGCGGCUAGACGUUGGCAGAGCUCUAGCGAGGAAGACGAGGAUGAUCCAAGGGGAAGGGUCGGGGCACCGUUUCAAGUGGACGUGAAGAGAAGUUUGGACGAUAAAAGGAGUUUGGACGAUAUCGUCUCAAGUCCUGAUGGGACGCCAUCCUUCAUCUCUGUAGAAGAUAGGAUGCGCAAUCUCAUUAGAUCGCCCAACAAUGAUCGUCUGCUUGUAACAGCAGGGCGUGACUUUGGCGGCUCAGCAAGCGGGAACACCUCGCAAGCAGGAAGCGAUACUGAAUUCUCGGCUGAAGAAGAUACGAGGAAGCGUUUAGCAAAGGGGAGGAGCGUUGGCACCAAAAGCCUGAGUGCUGGCGCGGUUCACGGAGGUGCCUCCGGGAAUGGGGAUAUCAAGAGCCAGGUUUCCAUGAGCCAGUUGAGAAAGUUGAGAGAGGACACCAGUAUGGCACGUGGGGCUAUGGCAGAUGCCUUGGGUGAUCAGAGUGAUGUUGGCAGUGAUGCUGGGAGUGAGGCUGAGCCAGAUAUCUUGGAGGAAUUGGAGAGGGAGGAGAAGCAGGACAAGAGCAUCAAAGGGAGUGUUUAUUAA